AAUUGUGUUGCGUUAGAUCUUAGUAGAAGCAUUUAAAUUCAAAGUGUUAAACGAUGAACGAGUAUUUCAAAACAGUACGUUUUCAGAAUGCUCUGGCAAAACCACUCUUCGAAAGAUGUCAAGAAAUCCAGUCUAUUAUUCAAGAGUCAAAUAUAAAGGAACUACAGUCUUUGUUUCCAAGUUUGGUGGAGAAUAUUUUUGGAUUUGGAACACAAACUGGUUGGGAACUGCGGACCAUUACUCGCAGUCUUCAGCCUCGUUGUUUUGAUACUUUUCGGUACUUUCUUUCCCCGGAUGGCCAUCAUGGGACACUUUUUAAUCUCAUCUAUAAACUCUUGGGGGAUGGCUUUCUCAAGUAUGAAUUUCCAGUAUGUUGUCUUCCUGUACCUAGUUGCCACAUGCUGGAGGAAGGAGCAGUUCCUCUUCUGUAUUCCAACAAACUCCACUAUCAGAGUCCAGGAAGUCGACCAACCAACCUUCUUUUGAAUCCAUUUGAAUUUUAUAUCUUUCACUUUGCCUACUUCAUUGUGAAUCCCUCACAUCAAAAGAACUUCAACACUUGUGGAAACCCAACUGAAGCCUUGUACUCUUGUCUUCUUGAAGACUACUUGCGCUACUUUUUGCCAUUGGAAGGAAACACUGUUCCAUCACUUCCAAUAUCACCGACAUCUCUCACAUUUUUUUCCAGGCAUCCUUUGUAUUCUUCAUCUUUCUAUAACAGCCCUGUUUCUCUGGGUGGAUUUGGUUCCUCCCAUUGGCACUCUCCACACCAGCCUCCUCUUCAGAUGCCACAGAUUCCAGGAUCUCCAUUGCAUAGGCAUUCACAAACAUCCCUACUAAAGCCCGGGAAGAAUGCAUUGUUGUCUCCAGCAGCCAGAAGCUCAAAUCUAAGCAUUGGAAAUCAGGAUAGUAUUCGUCCAGAUGUGUGGCGUUCUGAAGCUUUAGUUGUUAUCAUCACUGAGUUUUGGUUAAACCAAGCAACUAUGAAUGUUCACAGGGUGGAAAUAGGUUCAGCAACUUCGGAGCAUUUUGUGCCUACUCAUGACCAUGUUCGAGUGGUUCGUAUUUUUGUCAAACAUCUUCAUUACUUUGUAAAUAGCUGUCUAUGUCACCAUGAUGGUUUACCAUACCAGUAUGACCCUCCAAGUCCAAUGGAAGAAUUGAAGUAUUCAGUUGUGCCACAGUUAGUGCAGAAAAAGCUUUAUACAUUUCUUCGUCUUUGUUUUGACCGAUGGCCUUUUGAUGCCUCCUUUCGCAUGCCACUUGAAACGUGGCUCAGCUACAUUCAGCCAUGGAGGUAUACCAAUCCUCUUGUAGAACCAGCUAACAUUGGCAUGGAGAGGGAAGAUAAAGAUAGGUUCGUGGAUGUGAAAUGGAAGAAGUUUAUCACAGAAAACUUGUGUUUUUACACAGUCAUCUUUCAACAGUUGCUUCCUCGAUUCUUUCGGGUUGAGCUGAGCUCUCCUAAAAAUGCUUACAUGUUAUUUCGUGUUACAAAGGUUUUCUCCCAGCCAAACCUUAGCACAAUGAUAUCUGAAGUGGAGUCCAACCUCUGUGAAGCUCCAGCACGUCUCCUUUCUCCAUCCUUCUCGUCACCCUCAGUCCACAAUGUAUCGGUCAGUGGUAGUCUGAGACAACAGCUUUCUGACUUGGAAGGGCCAGGAUUUCACUAUAAGCCACUUUUUGGUGAAUAUCAGAGAUCACAGGUUCAGCAGCUGCUACACCUUAUUACCCAAGCCCGUGUUACAAUAGCAGGUGUAAUCAAGCUUCAGGAAGCUUCUCAGAAAAGUUGGUUUUCAGAACUUGUGGCCUCUUUUAGUCUUAAUGAAAAUUCCUAUGCUGGUGAUGAGUACAAUGCUGUGGAAGCGAGAAAAGUUGAAUUACAUCUUGAGUCUGCCAUCCAUCAACUGAGCGAACUGUUUCAGCUGCCCAUAAUCAACAUGUCUUCCAGCGACCCAGUCUCCACAACACCAGACGUUACCUUAGUAGGUUCCUCCAUUAAACAGCUGACACCAGACACAGUUCCCAGAGAAGAUGGACCCCACCUAACACCACUAGGUCGAUAUCAACUUGUAAAUGGAAUUCGUAAAUUUCCUCUUUGUUAUCAAGGAAAUCCAGAUCUUCAACCAGUCAGAAGCUUUGAGGUGGCAUUCUUGGUUCGACUACUUCAUCAUAUAUCAGCAGUGUUAAACGAAAAGUAUGGAGUGGAAUUGUAUGAUCUGUACUACAGGGACAGCUUUCUCGGACAACUCACGAGACAACUUCUAGCUCCACCAACACUCUAUCUAAAAACGACCAAAAUGGGGACUUCAGCAUCAUCACCACGUGAACCGCAUGUGCUACCUCCUCGCAUUAACCUCAGGUUUAUGGCAUACCAACAAACUAUUGGUUAUUUCCUUGGACUGGUUUUAUUUGGUUAUGUGUGUGGCUACAAACCUUUAACAGUUAUCUUCCUAGUUUCUGUUAUGGCAUUUUUUUAUUGUGUAAUGAAAGCAUUUUUUAAGCCCAUACCACCUCUGUCUCUCUCGAGUAGCUUUGAAAGUUUGGAAAAACACAGGUAAGAGAAACUUGGCACUUGUUGAGAAAUCCUGCUGUGAAUUCUGAAGUCAUUAAGAAGACCUCUACGUUGGUCUUUAGUCAUGUCAACCCAAUAAGUUACUGGAAGGAGCUCGGGGGAACAACAGCAUGACUAAUUCCUAAAGCAUAUUGCAUCUUAUGUGUGAUCCGUUUUAAGCAUGAGUUUAGAUAUUAGCCGCUGAUAUUUCAAAAUGGAAGUUUCAGGAAAAUAGUAAGAUACUAUAAAGUUAAAAAACAAAGAAUUUCUCACAGAUAUGUCAUUGUUGAAGGUUGCAGAUUUUGAGGCUUUUUGAAGAGUAUACUUAUAGUUGUGCUGUAAAAUGUAAAACAGUUAAUUUCAGGAUUGUGAUAUAAACAGUAAUUGUGUGUUGUCUCUCAGCAAAAUUAAUCAUUUUUAAAAGCUUUGUUAAUAAACUUUGUGAAAAAUAAAGGGUUCUGUAAUUUA